GGUUCAAACAGCUUUAGACACUCUCGUCUUUGUGCCUCGUCCCCUGGUCCGGCGUUGCUCACUCUAGCGCUAGCUCCCCUCGGACUCGCCUGCAGGUCUCCUGUCCAGUCCCUAUUGGAACAUGCUGUCGCGCAAGACACUCCUAGCUGGAGCUCUACUACUCUGCUGCUUCCUGGCGUCAGCUCCUGCAUCUGAAGCUGAGAAGGGCGGGAACGGGACCGCCGUCGGGGCCGCCGGGGCGCGUCGCCGCCAUGCCGCACAAGAUGGCCGACAAAACAAGACUCUUGUGUUCAGAAGUAAAGUGAAGACCAAGAAGAUGAAGAAGACGACGGGGGGCGGACCCAGACACAGGAAGGAGCCACGUGACGACUCCGCCUGCACCAGGAGCCAAGGCAUCUGCCAGGCCAGCCGCUACCUCUGCCAGGGGCGCUACCUGAGAGACAAGUGCGCCGUGGCCAGGACGCGGCAGUGCUGCGUGCCAGCUGGACCCUGGAGCAUCCUCUGUGCCGGUCACCAUAACAACAGAGUCCGGGCGUGUGACGUGUACGGCUGUGGGGCGUACAACCAGAGAAGAGGUGAGGACCUCCAUGAAGCUGUGGACCUGGUGUGCGGCGACUUUGCCGUGGUCAACGCACCGUUCUCCGGCGUGCUGGCGGGCCCAGUGGGUCGCGUAGGACAUGACGGCCUCCAGUACGACGGCGUGAAGAUCAUCAGUGAUGUGUACUGCGUGAAGAUCUUCAACGUUCGUCCUUACCGGUACUUUGGGGCCGUCUCCAAGGGGGAGGGCCUAGGCUACGUGCUGCCGCUGCAGGACCGCUUCUCUGGAGUCACCUCACACCUGGAGGUCCAGAUGUGUGACGGCUCGGACCCCUCCCGUUUCCUCUGAGCCGCCCCGGGCCCUCCGCUCUGAUGAGCUGGCUCCUGAUAAUUCACUUUGCAUACAGGCUUUGGUAUAGCUCCGACUGCAUGGCUGCAGACUGUGCGUCGAACCUGACAUUGUUAACCAAAUAAACUGCAGUGCUGACCUUAA